AUGGGAUCUGUUACUAUUGAGUUAGAAACACCGUUCAUUACGCAAGAUUGUUGCACCAGAAUAUUGCGCACAAUAUUUGAGCUGUUGCUGUACAAUCGUGGACAAAUCCCCUUUCCGUACUCUACUUUUCGGAUGUUGGCAAAGAAACUCGAAGCGGAUGCUGUUGAUCCCAAUUCUGUUGCGAGUGUGCAAGUUAACAGGCAGCGAGAAACGGUUCAGCAUGUGAUUAAUUGUACUGAACUGGUGCUCGAAACACUGGAAAAGAUAAUGUCGAAUCAUCCUGUUAGCGAGCUAAUGAUCCUGUUGGGCAAAACCGUCUAUACAGCCAAGGAAGCUUUCAUUGUAAAACUACCAUCCGCUGACGUGAAUCAUUUUGGCAAAAACCAUCAGCGAAAAUUGGAACAAAUUCUUCAACAAAUUGGUUUACAGCUUACGCUAUGUGAUGAAAUUGUUACCGACACAAACCUGGGCGACACAAACAUUCUCGUUAUGGUAGAAUUAUCGACUUUACACGAACAUCAGGUUGGUAGUAGGUAUGGGAUGAAUCUCUCGGAUGAUUAUCAACUGCCGCGGAAGUGUGUAACAUAUUCGAUUAACCUGAAAACGACAGAAGACCGUGAGUAUGAAUCAUCUUACACAUGUUGUAAACGGUUAAAAGUUCACAGUGAACAUACGGAACAACCCGCAAUCUCUGCUGACAAACAACACGAGUCAACAACAAUGGAAGCUGCUGUGAAACCGCACAGGUUUCUGCUAAACACGGUAGUAAGCGGCUUCUCAAUAAAAUCUGCAAAGCAUCUCAAAAUAUGGCAAUGA